GAUUAGCAUACAGACUCGACCUGCAAGCAGUCUCGAUACCGAACACGUUCCACUUCUACACAAACAACUCAGACACACAACAUGUCUUCAGCAGGACGUGGUCGCGGCGGCAAGUUCAACAAGGUCAAGCGCGGAGGCGGCAAGAAGUUCUCACGCGACCUACAACCGCUGAACGCAGAUGGCGAGGUCGUUGGCAUGUGGGGUGAACAACCCGACAAGGUUGACGAAGAGUCUUCCGAAGAGGAAGAAUCCUCCGAGGAAGAGUCCGGCGACGAGGAUGGCAAGCCCGCACAAGAAGAGUUGACGCGCGAGCAGCGUCGUGAACUCGCAAAGAAGCGCAAGGCGGCCGCGAUCGCGAAGAAGUCACAGAAGACCCCCGAGGCAGGCGACAUGCCCACCGACUCCUCCGAAGAGGAAGACGACGAUAUGCCCGCGAACCCAAACCACACUGCGAAAGCACGUACACAAGCCGCAAAGGCACCCGUCGACCCAGACGCGGAGCCCGCUGCUGCUGCUGCUAAGGGCAAAGGCAAGCAGCAAGACCUGUCUCAGCUCUCCCGCCGCGAGCGUGAGGCUCUCCAGGCACAAGCCAGCAAGGACCGAUACGAUAAACUACACGCUGAGGGCAAGACCGAGCAGGCUCGUGCCGACCUAGAGCGCUUAAAGCUGGUCCGCGAGCGUAGGGAUGCUGAGGCGGCGCGGAAGAAGGCUGAGGCCGAGGAACGUGCUGAGCUGGAAAAGGAGAAGAAGGAGCUCAUGGAUCGCGAGAACAGGCGGCGGGAGCAGGCCAAGGGCAAGGCGGACCGUCUUGCUAAGGGCGGCAAGAAGAAGGCCUAAGUCUGACGGACAUUGUUAGGCUUGGAGCUUUCGCGACGUUACCAGUUACCUCUGCGACGCCCGAAUGCCAGUGUAUGUGUGCGAACGCACUCCGUUCCACGCUUCCGGUUUGCAUGGUUGGCGUACGGCGUAGCCACUUCGAGCUACUGGUCGAUGCUCAUGAUGCGAUGAUAGAAUCGAGUACAGGACGGCGGCAUGGUGUAUACCAUGUAGCCUGCUGGAUGUUCCAAAGAAGAAACAAGUGUGAUCCGAGUUCACGAACCACGAACACCAUUUUGCUUGCCGUGAUCAAUGUACCAAGACUG